CUGUCGCCGUCAUCGUGACUGCGAUCUUGCUGCCUGCGGAUCAGACACUCCUCGAACUAUCUCGGCUUCCUGAACCUGAGACUUGCGCUCCCCCUCUCUGUCAACAUGGAUCUCAUCGACGAUCGCGCAAUUCUUGAUGACGAAGAGGAGGACGAGUCCUUCGAUGAAGAUACCGGUGAAGCGAGAACAAAGUCAACCGGCGCGAAUGGCCGCUUUGACGAUUCCUCAGAAGAGGACGAGGAGGACGAAGAUGAAGAGGAGGCGGCGAAGAUCGCCAAAGACUUUAUUGUUGAUGAGGACGAAGAAGAUGAAGAAGCCCGCCGAGAACGAAGACGAGAACGGAAGAAGCGCCGCCGCGAAGAUCGUGAAGAUGAAGAUCUUGAUGAAGAGGACCUGGAGCUGAUCGGAAUGAAGCCCACCGAGGAGCCGACGGAAUCAAAGUUCAAGAGACUCAAGCGGGGCCCCCGCGAAGACCGUGACGCACAACAACACUACGGCGUCAAUGAUAUUUUUGGUCAUUCCGAUGAAGAAGAGGAGGCGGUCGACUACAGUCGGCGGAGCCGCCAGGACCGAAGAGGGCUGCAGGACGAGUUUGACGACUUCAUUGAAGAGGAUAUCUUCUCGGACGAUGAACAACAGCGGCAACGAGAAGACGAAGAAGUAGCCAGACAUAAUCGCCGAGGUAUCGCGGAGCUGGGUAUCGCUGAUGCAGCCGGCCUUGACGAGCAGGCUUUGGAAGACUUCCGCGCAGCGUUUGGUGAUGGAACAGACUACGACUUUGCUCUGGAAAAGGAAGAAGAGGCUGAUGAAGAGGAGGCUAAAAAGGACAAAAACCUUCACCUAAGAGACGUGUUUGAACCUUCUCAGCUGGCCGAGAAGCUUCUCACCGACGAGGACAAUGAAAUUCGAUUCACCGACAUACCCGAACGUCAUCAACUGGCUAGGAGACCAUAUCGCAACCUUGAACUGACCGAAGACGAGGUCAAGGAAGAAGCAGUGUGGAUAGCCAACCUGGUCCUACCAUCGAAAGGGCACGACGAAAUUCACCACGAACCAUUCAGACGGGCUGUCGCAGAUAAUUUGGAUUUGAUGACUCGGCAGGAUUUUGAACCCCCUUUCAUCUAUAUGCAUCGAAAAGAUUAUCUCCUGUUUCCUCAGACUAAGGUGGUCGGUGUGCAGGAAGAUGGGACUCCAAAGGUCAUCGACGACACCGUCAAACUCCUCAAUCAGAAAGACUUAUGGCGUAUAUUGGAGCUCGAUCUCAAAUAUCGAGCCCUUAUCGAAAAGAAAAGAGCCCUUCAGAAGACCUACGAAGAUUUGAAAUCAGCUCAUGUGUCCGACGACACCACCUUUGAACAACUUCUCCCCCAGGCUGCUACAAUGGAGGACCUUCAGGAUUUACAGGACUACUUGUAUUUCGAAUAUGCCUCACAGCUCAAAGAUUUGGCCCUGACCUCGAAUGGCGAGACCAAUGGCGUGAACAUGUCCCAGAAGAAAGCAUCGACGAGAAGUGUUUACGAGGAGAUUCGUGCCUCGAAGGCAUUCGGUCUCGUUCGUGCCUUUGGCAUAACUGCAGACGCAUUUGCACGAAACGCUGCUAGAGAAGGCGUCCGGACGUACACAGAAGAUCCCUCUGACAGCCCGGAGAAUCUUGCUGAUACAAUGGUCGAUGAAGAAUUCCCUGCUGGCGCCCGAGUGCUCAGAGCAGCGAAGGCGAUGUUUAUCGAACAGCUAGCCACGAGCCCACGAUUUCGAAAGCUCAUAAGACAGAGAAUCUUUCCCGAGGGAGUCAUUGACUGUCACCGUACCGAAAAAGGUCUUCGCAAGAUCGACGAACAACAUCCUUAUUACGAAUUCAAAUACCUCCGGAAUCAGAAGUUGAUCUAUUUCAGUGAACGACCCGACCUAUUCCUAAAGAUGCUGAAGGCCGAGGAAGAAGGCCUAAUUGAGAUUCGAGUUCGACUGCCAGGAUUGCAAAACUAUACGAGAGAUCUCAACAAGCACAUCGAAACGGACAAUUAUUCUACCGUGGCAGAUGCGUGGAACCAGGAGCGCCGCGAAGCUGUUUCGUCCGCUGUUGACAAGAUCAUGAAGCUAAUGGCCCGAUCGGUCAAAGAAAACCUCAAGGAACAAUGUGAAGCAACCAUUGGGAAUGAAUGUCGUGACGAGUUCUAUGCGAAGCUUGAUCAGGCUCCCUGGAAGCCGAGAGGGUUGGCCAAAGGCACUAUUCCGCGAGUGUUGGCCAUGACCAACGGUGGCGGGACAGUUGGCCGUGAUCCUAUUUACUGGGCCUAUGUCAGUGAUGAGGGUAGAGUUCUUGAGCAUGGCCAGUACAAGGACCUCGGCCCUGGCAAUCGGGAACGUGGUAUCUCCGACGGCAAAGACGUUGAAGCGCUGCUGGAAGUCAUUCGAAGGAGAGAGCCUGAAGUUAUCGCAGUCUCGGGAUGGUGUCCUGAUACCCGCAAACUUCUAGCGAACUUGACCACAUUGGUCAGCAACCAUGACCUUCGUGGCGCGACAUACACGGAUGACGACGAUCAAGAUCGAAGCGACCUCUUGGACGUCAUCCUGGUAAACGACGAGGUGGCGCGGAUGUCGAAAUCGGGCGAUCGCAUGAAAGCCGACAAUCCUGGGGUUCCUGAAAUGGCCCUCUACUGUGUCGGAAUCGCAAGAUACAUGCAAUCUCCUCUGAAAGAGUACGCCGCUCUAGGUCGAGACAUUGUAUCCAUCAACUUCCACUCAGCCCAGAAUCUGUUGCCGCAAGACAAAUUAUUGAAGAAGCUGGAAACUGCCCUUGUGGACACGGUCACCAUGACCGGUGUGAACAUCAAUGAUGCCGUGACCGACCCUGGGCUGGCAAAUCUGCUUCCCUACGUAGCCGGUCUCGGACCUCGAAAGUCUUCGCAGCUGGUCAAGGUUAUCAACCUUAACAAUGGCUUCGUUCGGGCCCGCGAGGAUUUGCUGGGCCUCAACGACAAACAUCAGGCCAUGGGACCUAAAGUGUGGGCUAAUGCGGCAUCUUUCUUAUAUAUCGACUUUGACAUGUCGGAUCCAGACUCCGAGUAUCUGGACAACACUCGAAUACAUCCUGAGGAUUACGACAUUGCUCGGAAAAUGGCCGCUGAUGCCCUUGAACUCGAUGAAGAAGAUAUUGAGGCCGAGAGACAGGAGGGAGGGUCGGGAGCGAUUGUUCGCCGUUUGAUACGAGAAGAAGCACAGGAACGCGUUCAUGACCUGGUUCUUGAAGAAUAUGCCGCACAGUUGGAACAAAAUCUCAACUCCAAGAAGCGCAGCACACUCGAGAACAUCACGGCUGAACUCAACGAUCCCUACGAAGAAUUGAGAAAUCCGUUCCGGGUCAAUCUGGGCGAGUCCGAGGUUUUCACGAUGCUCACAGGCGAAACGAGGGAGUCCCUGCAGAGAGGCAUGAAUGUCCCCAUGACGCUGAAGAGAGUCACCGAUGAUCACAUGGAGGGUAGACUCGAAUGCGGGUUGGACGCAGUGGUGGAGGACCGUCAAUGGGCAGACCCCGCCUUGUCACCGAAGCAGCUGUACAACAUCCAUCAGACUAUUCAAGCCCACAUCACGUCGAUCAAUCGCAAAGACUUUAUAGUCACGGUGAGCUUGAGGGACGAGCAAUUGAAGAAACCAUUCAAGAGAUACCAUCACAACGACCGGAACUACGACGAGUGGGAUGAGCGUGAAGAGGCCGCCGACAAGAAGUUGCUGGAACAGAAAACAGAUUUGGGCAACCGAGUCACCCGAGUGAUCAAGCACCCUCUCUUCCGGCCAUUCAACUCGAAACAAGCGGAAGAGUAUCUGGGCAGCCAGAAUCGUGGUGACGUGGUCAUCCGGCCAUCAUCCAAAGGGAAUGAUCAUCUUGCUGUGACCUGGAAGGUUGCUGACGGCAUCUUCCAGCACAUCGAUGUGCUGGAAUUGGACAAAGAAAACGAGUUCUCUCUGGGGAGGACUUUGAGGAUCGGCGGACGAUACAACUACUCUGACUUGGAUGAACUGAUCGUGCUGCAUGUCAAAGCCAUGGCUCGAAAAGUGGAUGAGAUGUGCAAUAACGAGAAAUUCCAGAACAAAUCCAAGGCUGCAUUGGAGGAGUGGUUGACCACCUAUACCAACGCGAACCCUAAGCGCUCCAUGUACCAGUUCUGCCUCAACCGCGAGCGCCCAGGCCAGUUCCAUCUUGUGUUCAAGGCGGGCCAGAACGCGAAGCUGAUGGACUGGAGCGUGAGGGUGAUUCCACAAGGAUUCGAGUUGAUGAAGCAACCGUAUCCCACCAUGAGAGAUCUGUGCAACGGCUUCAAAUUAAUCUUCCAGAACAUGCACGAGGCGGCGGCGAUGGGCAGACCCGCGCGAAGAUAGAAUAUUUGGGAAUUUGGAAGGCCUGGAUGUAUCGAACGCCGGGCGCACGUUGGGUGAGAAUCUACAGCAUCUCGGCGAAUGCCUUGUAUUGGGACAAGGAACCGUUUUGCAGGAGGAAAAAUGUAUUAGUACGAACAUGACGCUCCAGGAUGAGCUAGACAUGGCCUGGUCAGAUAUAUGCCGGCCUCCAAAAAUCUGAUUCUAUCCGCCACGCGGCCCUUGGGGGUGGUGUCCUUG